CCUUGCGUCUGCUGAGCUGUGGUGCUCGUCGAGCGGUGGCCUGUGGGUGGAGAAAGAGUUGGUUCUGGCCUUGGUCCCGAUCUGUACCACUCCGCUUCUUGCGAUGCGACAACUGAACCUCGCCGUUUAAUCUUCUCUUCAUCUUCCACCGACGACACAGAGCAUGUUCCUUCUUCGUCAUCACCGUUAUCGUCAUCAUCAAUGGCUACGGUCGCCUCCGACCUUGAAGUCCACGCUGGCGGCUCAACCACUUCUGGAUACUCCAAAACUUCACGCCGACAGUACCAAGCCUGUGAUCAGUGCCGCAAGAGCAGAAGGGCAUGCGACGCGGGCGCCUUGAAGGUCGUCAACUUUCCAUUCCGUGAGAACGACCCAUCCGAAUCGUCUGGAUCGACCUGUGAAGCCUGCUCAAACUGUGCAAGGACAAGCAAGACGUGUACAUUCGACUGGCUUCGCACGCUUCCUCUCCAAGGCUUACCGAAAGGCGUGAAAAGAAAGUUGGAAUCGACCGGUUUACCUGAAUGCGUCACUAAUCCAGCAGCCACGCCAGAGACCAAACUUCAAAUUCCAUAUUCCAAUGGCUAUUCAUCAUUUGCGGAUCCGAUUAGCUAUCCGCAGCUCGCUCCCACCUCCCAGGCUUUCCAUGGCACUGGGCGGAAUGGGAUCACUGAGUCCUUCCAGUCAACUUAUAUCAGAAGCGCCGCGUUCGCGAAGACCUCGCCCAAAUCUGAAACUCUUUACCAUGGAGACGUGAACGGCAACCAAACUGCACCUUCGAUUGUCUCAUGGUCAAAUGGCGCGGCAGUCUCUGGCAAGACUGUCGUCGGGGACGCCGCUGCCCCGAGUCGGUCGCUCGCUGGAGAAUGCGCAGGCCGCGAUCGAUGGAAUGGCGUUGGGCUUGUCCGUCGAGAAUCAUCUUCUACUUCACCCGUUUCCAAUUCUAACGACUCUAGCAAUGCGACCUCUAAGACCGAGUCGUCUCCAAGUUUGACUUCACUUAGUUCCGAGACUAGCUGCGAGGACGAAGCCCCUCACACUGAUUCAACGUCAGCACGCGCCAAACGUGCGAGAUUCCCACACGGCUAUCACUACUCGGCCUCAACUGAUCGAGGGUCACCCGAAAGCACGCGAUCAAAGACGCAGGCAAACAGUUCGGCCCUUUCGACAAAUGGUAGACCGCAAAGCACUGCUCAGCUUUCGACUCGCCAACUUCAUUUCGCCGACGCAGCAAUGAAGUCGAUGAUUGCGAGUGGCCUGCUACGCAUCUACCACGAUAGCUUUGAGAACUCUUUGUCAUGUUGGGUGACGGAGAAGAACUGUCCAUACGAGACCGAGCUUCGAGACCUCAUCCCGCACCCGAGUCCUGCUUCAGUAGCAGAAGAAGCCGCUCUUCGUCUAAGCGACAAUCGAAUCUUUUCGCGGGUCUCCCGCUUGGACUCAGCAUUCUCCCUCUUGAGAGGACGCGAGUUGUCAGCUAUUGAAAACCGUGCCGCUACAAAAGCACUUAAUGCCGCGAUCAUGGCAUUUGCCAGCCAAUGGUCACACGGCUCCCACAAUUCUUUCUGGAAAAGCAAGGAAGGUAUGUCGCAUAUGAAGGCAUGCCAGACUCGCAUGACGGGCUUGUUCUCGCAAUCAGGGCAAUCCAACGAGCCGAUGCUGUCUAGUGAAUGCGAACGAAUUAUUCAAAAGACCCUGUGGCACGAGGCGAAGACGGCCAUCCAGUCCAGCUCUGAGAUCGACUCUUUCAAAGUGAUUCUUGCUUACAUGAUCUUCGCCCUGACGCAGAGACCGAUCGAUGGAAAAAGUAAAUCCACCCAAGAGACGCAGACUUCGCCAGCAGACUCUUCGACGAAUAGCCGUCGAGGCUCUGACAACUCCUCCGUCUAUGAGCCCUUUACGCAAUGUGCGGACCCUGCCAUGGACACCAUAGUCAACGAAGACUGGAACCCAUUCUACGCAAGCGAUCUCGAGGCAUUGGCAUCCCCACCCAUCUAUUUAGAGACGGCAGUUCGAAACUUGUUUUCAUGGCGGCGGAAGAUCGAGCGCUACCGGAGGUUGCGAUCGAAAGCGAAUGGCGAAUACGGCUAUGGCACCAUGGGUGCUCUCGCUCUCAAGGACCACCAGACGUUCAAUCUACUGUUCUGGUUGGGCGUCAUGUGUGAUACAACUUCAUCGGCCAUCAGCAAACGUCCGCUAGUCAUUCCGGACGAGGAUUGCUCCAUGAUCCGAGAAGACAUGGCUGACUCCGACGGCGUCCCUCCUGGCGAUCUCGAGGGAUAUCUAUCCUUCCCUAAGAGCCCCGAUGACCACGACAAGCGCGCUCUGUGGGGAGAUUAUUUAUUGAGCUUCAAGUGGGCAGGCCCCCGAAAAACACAGCCGCGGUGGCCUUGCAAAUUCGCCGAGGCGGCCUUGGUGCUUCAGGAAGCGAUCCCAGUCAAAGUUCUCAUGUUUCGCAAGGUGGCGCAGCUACAGACCCUGGCGUUCCGCAGGACGCCACCACAGGAGCUCGAGAAGUGCAUUCAAGACGCACUCAACGUCUAUAGACAGUGGAAUACAACAUACGGUCCGUUCAUGAACGACUGCGUCAGCCAACACAACUUCCUUGAGCCGCACGUACAAUCAUGGUACGUCAUUCUGGACGGUCACUGGCACUACGGAUGCUUGCUCCUGGCAGAUACGAUUGCCCAGGUUGACCGUGAAGAGAAGACGAUGCAGCCUCAACGCACACUGCGAACAUCCUGCCACCUGAUCAAACAGCUGCGGCAUGACAACGCCAUCGCUAUCGCCAAAAUUGCACAGGCGUCGCUAUCCGAGCACAAACCCUCUGUGCCUGAUAACUCGGAGUUCCACUUUGUCUGCAACGGCAGCGCCAUCCUCACCGAGCCUUGGACCGACAUCCUUGUCCGGGCUAUGGGGAGUGCAUGUAAAGUCUUCAUCACCUGGCUGUCGAGCUGGGACAAUCCUACGGAUCCGAAUCACGAAUGGGUCCAUACGCAUACAGAGUACCAGGAUUUGUACAACCAGGCAGAGGCUUGCAUCCAAGGAAUGACGCUGCUUGGUCGGAAAUCCGAUGCGGCAAAUUAUAUGGCGGAACUGUUCUGGGCGAGAUUAAGCAAGGUGUGCUCGAGCCAGUGGUCUUCGGCAGAGCAGUUUCAAGGCUAAUGAUGAAAAGCCUCCCUUCCAAUCACCCAGCUGAGUAAAAGAAGGAUGGAAGUUGGUGAAUAUACAAGUCCCCGCGACACUGGCUUCUAGAAAAGUGACACCAGGCCCGAUGUCCUUCCCAUCGGAUUAUACGUGUACGCGGCGAAAACAAAUUACCAGAGAGAAAUUGAAUACGACCAAGCUCGGAUCAAGGGCCAAAGGAUCGAAAGGGAAAACAACCCGGCAGCUUCUCACGUGCUGCUGCUCCUGCAUACCUACCAGAGCAUAGCUAGGCAAGUUAUCGGGUUCUCAGCAAGCGCGAAAGUGGAAAGAAAACACGAGACAUCAAGAGACAGAAGAAAUUCAGCUUGCCUGCAUCCCUAUUAGCGACACCGAGUUUCUUGUUUAUCUAUAUUGACACAAAUGUUGGAUCGCACCGAAAAUACGGUCCACGCAGAGAUCUUCCGCCAGUCAAAGCAGUCCAGACCAUGGAAGGAUGAAUCGAAACCCGAUUAAGAGACGGAUACCCCGUAUCAACAAGGAAAGCGAAGUCUGGAGGCAUGCGAUCUAGGCACAAAGGGGAAGGGAAGGGAUGCUGCGUGCUGCACGACGCCACACCUAUGCUUUCCGUAGGCAGGGCACGGGUUGUCCGCGCGACGGCCGGAAAGGAGGAGCAGGUGAGGAAAGACACAGGCAAGCCAGGCGCAUGCCACACAUCAGGCACGCUCGAUUAGCACAGGAGAUCACGGCCAAAAAAGGAGGGAAUGGGGGAAGGUGAAAGGGCAAGGGAAAGGAGCAAAUGAGCAAGGACAACGGCAGGAAAAAGGGAAAAGAGAGCAUUGGGAAGGGGUGGAAAAGUUUGGAUACCCGGGGACGGCUACUUGCAAGCGAGGGCUGUCUCCAUGUCACGAGAUGAUGAACAUAUUUUGUAGUUGCUUUGAUUGAUCUCUCGGAUCUGAGACAGCUAUUUGACGGCUGUCCUUUUUUUUUCUCUGGUCUUGGUGGUGGUGAAGCGAGUAGCUGGCCGGCGGUGGUGGCUGUGUAGGAGGGACUUCUUUGCUAUGACCACGGUACACACCGUACAGAGAGAGUAUUUCUUGCACACAUACACACCAACACAGAGUCUGCCUCUA